AUGUCCGCCACAGACAAGCCUUACGGCUGGCGCGCCGUUCCCCGCAACCCCUCAGUCGCUCUUCAAGGAAAUCUCAAGCCUGCCAUCCCAUUUUCCAUCGCCGAUAUCGAAUAUCCGGACACGGAGCUGGUGCGCCAGAGCCUGGCACGCGUGCAAAAGGAACUCCCAACUGAGACACUGAACCACUGCUUCCGUGUCUACUACUAUGGCAUGUCGAUCACCCAAACCCAUUUCCCCCACUUCCUUUCCGAUGGAUGGGUCAAUGCAGAGACCUGGCUCCUCGUGUGUCUGUUCCACGACAUCGGUACCACCCAGGAAAACCUUCGCACCACUCAUAUGAGCUUUGACUUCUGGGGCGGUAUCGAGGCACUGCAGACCCUGCUGCGGUUCGGCGCCGACAAGAGCCAAGCCGAAAGCGUGGCCGAAGCAAUCAUACGCCAUCAGGAUCCCGGCGAGACAGGCACUCUUAGCUGCGUCGCCCUACUGGUCCAGAUCUCGACUUUGUUUGACAAUGCCGGUCACCACAAGGAGCUGGUUCAUCCCGACACCAUCAAGGAUGUUGUGAAAAAGUAUCCAAGGAAUGGGUGGAGCGGCUGCUUCGCUGAGACUAUUCGACAGGAAAUCGACCUCAAGCCUUGGGCCCAUUCGACUGCGAUUGACCGGUUUGCAGAGAUGGUCGAGAAUAAUGCCUUGAUGAAGGAGUACGAAUAG